UUUUACACUCGUACCAAUUCGCUAGCUAGCCUUUUCUAGCUAGCGGUCUGUUUAGUUGUGUGUGUGUGUUUGAUGUGGUGUGGAGGAAAGAGGAGAUGUGGUCAUUUUUUGCCAGGGAUCCUGUCAAAGACUUUGCCUAUGAAAUCCUGCCAGACUUUCAGGAGAAGUCUGGAAUAUGGAGUAUACACCGGGGGAAGAGAAAGACCAAUGGAGAGCCGGUGUCGGUGUUUCUGUACGAGGUAGCGCAGGGGACGGAGCAGCAGACCCAGCUCGCCAAGGCUGCCUUCAAGCGUAUGAAGACCCUGCGUCACCCAAACAUCCUGGCUUAUGUGGAUGGAUUGGAGACAGAGAAGAGCCUGUACCUGGUCACUGAGCAGGUGACCCCGCUGGCCGUCCACCUGAAGGCCCAGGCAGAGAAGGGGGGAUCAGGGGAGCUGGAGGUCUCCUGGGGCCUGCACCAGAUAGUGAAAGCUCUGAGUUUCCUGGUCAAUGACUGCCAUCUGCUUCAUAACAACGUGGGUGUAUCGGCUGUCUUUGUGGAUCGAGCUGGGGAGUGGAAGCUUGGGGCCCUCGACCAUGUGGCCCCUGAGCAGGGUGACCCAAGUGGGGUCUCCCUACCAACCCCCAAGGCUGUUUACCCAGACAUGGAGAGAUAUGACCCACCAGAGAUGGCCAAUAACACUGGAGAGAAAUGGGCGGGGGAGGUGUGGCGCCUGGGCUGCCUGAUCUGGGAGGUGUUCAACGGGCCGCUGCCUCGCACAUCCUCGCUCCGGUCACUCGGAAAGAUCCCUAAGGCCCUGGUGCCUCACUACUGUGAGCUGGUGGGGGCCAACCCCCGAGCUCGGCCGAACCCAGCCCGCUUUCUCCAGAACUGUAGAGCCUCUGGGGGAUUCCUCAGCAACAGCUUUGUGGAGAGCAACCUUUUCCUGGAAGAGAUACAGAUCAAGGAGCAGGCUGAGAAGCAGCAGUUCUUCCAGGAUCUGAGUGAAAAUCUGGACUCCUUCCCCGAAGACUUCUGUAAACACAAGGUCCUGCCUCAGCUGCUCACCGCCUUCGAGUUUGGCAAUGCAGGCGCCGUAGUCCUCACACCGCUCUUCAAGGUGGGGAAGUUCCUGUCAGCAGAAGAGUACCAACAGAAGAUCAUCCCUGUCAUCGUGAAGAUGUUCUCCUCCACAGACAGAGCCAUGAGGAUACGACUGCUGCAGCAGAUGGAGCAGUUCAUUCAGUAUCUGAACGAGGCAGCAGUCAACUCCCAGAUCUUCCCUCACGUUGUCCACGGCUUCACAGACACCAACCCCGCCAUCAGAGAACAGACUGUUAAGUCUAUGUUGCUGCUGGCUCCCAAGCUGAAUGAGGCCAACCUGAACCAGGAGCUGAUGCGUCACUUUGCCCGGCUGCAGGCCCGAGAUGAACAGGGCCCGAUCCGGUGCAACACCACCGUCUGCCUGGGCAAGAUCGCCUCCUACCUCAACGCCGGGACUCGGCAACGUGUUCUGAUUUCCGCCUUCUCACGGGCCACUAAGGACCCGUUCCCCGCUUCACGCUCAGCCGGUGUGCUGGGCUUCGCAGCAACACACAACUUCUACAGCAUAACAGAGAGUGCGUCCCGCAUCCUCCCCACCCUCUGCACCAUCACUGUGGACCCCGAUAAGAGCGUCAGGGACCAGGCAUUUAAAGCCAUCAAGAGUUUCCUUACCAAGCUGGAGACGGUGUCAGAAGACCCCACCAAGCUGGCUGAAAUAGAAAAGGAUGUAGCGUCGUGUGCUCAGCCUGCAGGAGGCUCCUCCACCUGGACCGGUUGGGCCGUGACGGGCAUGUCCUCCAUCACUUCUAAACUCAUCCGCAACGCUCCGGGGACGGAGGGGGGGGCAGCCGCUGAGGACGGAGAGCCCGCCAACGCCAUCAGCCCGACCAGUGCCCCUGAUGGAGCUCCUGCACCAGGUUCUGAAGAUAAACCUCCUGAAGCCUCUGUGUCUCCCCCUGCUGCCUCUAAUCAUGCCAGCCAAUCACAGACUCAUGAGGUAAUGGACAAAAAGGAGGAGCCUAUAGGAGACCGCUGGGAUGAAGAGGAGGAUUGGGGAAGUUUGGAGGAUCCAGAGAAGGCUCACACGGAGCCAGAUGACUGGAACACUGACUGGUCAGGGACGACGGCGUCCAAAAAGAAAGCCAGUGACAAAGGAGUGGGCCGGUCGUCGUCGUCCGUGGCGGUGAAGAAGCAGAGCGCUGACUGGAGCAGCUCGGGCUGGGAUGCAGACGACAGCUUGUCCAAUGAGAAGGAAGGGCCGGGGCAGAGCUCUGCAGGGGAGGAGGGCUGGGGCAACGACUGGGGGGAGGAGGACACGGACACCACCUUGGCCAAUACCACGCUCCCCGAGGCCGAAGGGGUGCGGUUAGCCAGCGAGUACAACUGGGACAGCGGCAGCUCGGGCCCCGUGGGAGCCAAUCAGAACGAUCUGUUCACCAGCGUGUCCCAGAGAAACACAGCCGGCACUCCCAUGACUGGAGAGGGCUUGGCUGCAGAGGCCGCAGGAGAAUGGGGAGCUGAGGAGAGCUGGGAGUCGGUGGAUGGGAACCAGGGUCUCAGCAAGGCCGAGCUGUCCAAGAAGAAACGGGAGGAGAGGAGGAAGGAGCUGGAGGUGAAACGGGCGGAGCGCAAAGCUGCUAAAGGUCCUCUCAAACUGGGCGCACGCAAGCUAGACUGACCGGGCUGCACAGAGAGGUUUGAGGGCGGGAUGGAGAGGAGGGAACAGGGACCAGAUCGACUGGAUGCCUGACAUUCCACAAACAAAGGACCGGAGAGGAGUGUGAGCCGCCAGAGGACAUGCGCUUUAGGAUUCUCUGUCUUCAUUCAGGAACUUACUGAUGAGUGAAGAAGCAACAAUCCAGCGCUUCAUAAAUGCUUUAUUGUGGAAGACCGAGCUUAAAAACACAGAGACAGAAAAGUGUAAAAGCGGCACCGAGCAGCACUCCUUGCAGUCAUUCAUAAAAAGAGUCCCCUAUGUGUUUUCCCUUUUUCUUUUAAAUACAUAAAUCAUAAAGUUGAAGUUGUAAAGUAAAUGUAUAUACAUGGUGCAUCUGGUCUUAUAAUGACUUGAGGAAAUGGCACUUUUUUUUUUUAAUAACUGCGAAAUAUAUAUAUAACAGAAUCAAACCUGUAUUAUUAUGCUGAAUGUUUUUCAGUGUACACACACAUACAGUGUAUAUGAAUGUUUUAGUUCAGCUGUCACUAACUAACUCAGAUGUAAGGCUUAAAAUCAAUCCCUGCAUGCAUUUGUGUAUUUGUGUGUCCUAACAAAAUGUGUCAUGGCACAGAGUUACAAAUAUGUUCAUUUAACUUUGCACAUUCAACACUGUAUUUAACUGAAGUGUCCUGACAGGAGACACAUUUGACUGGUUAAGAUCUGUAAAGGUGUCACAGGCACUGCAGACACAUGAUGCAAAUAGCUAGGUAAAUUGAUGCUGGUGAAUUGGUUUUAAAGUGAAAUCAAUGAACGUGUUUACAUGCCUUUUCCUAUGUGUCCUCGUAGUGCACUGGUGGAGGUUUUCUUAAAUAAGUUUUAUUUUGAAAUGUUUUGAAAGAAUCUGUAUAAUCCUGAAUUUAAGAUCUUCUAAAACAUGAAGGCAUCAUUUGAGGAAGUAAGAUUUACCUACCAAUCAUUGUUGACAGUAUUUGGUGUGGUAAUGGUAAAGGGGUUUCCUAAAAGUUCCCUUAUACUCUUUUAUUUGUGCCUUUUUCUUUUUAAACCAGAUCUGCUCUGUAGGAUCCCAUCUGAAAACGGAAGAUUUGAAUAGAACAUUUCCACCUGAAAUGUCUUCCCAUUGACAGAUUCUGUGUUUUUAUCAAACCAUUCCCCCAUAUGUAAUCUCUGUGUUGGAAAUGGUAUGUGAAGGUUUCACUGCUAAGUACCAGACAUGAUGCCGAAAAGACACACUCAUCAUUGGAGCUAAUAUGUAACGAAUAUGUGAUUAGUUCAGGAAGGCUGAGAAGUGUGAAUGCAACAUUUACUGAGAAUCUUGUAGCAUGUGAGCUGUUCUUAAAAUAAAUAUGAGUAAAAUGAA